UGAAAUGGGUGGAAAAUAUAUUUCUGAGUUUGUGGGAUUAAGGUCAAAGCUCUAUUCUUUAAAAUGUUCAAAUACAGUUAUUAAAAAAGCAAAGGGAAUUAAAUCAUACGUGCUCCGAGACUUAGAUAUCACAGACUAUGAACGCAUUUUAUUGAAUGGUGGAGUUAUUCGAAGAAAAAAUAUUAUGUUUAAAUCAUUGAAACAUGAAAUUUUUACACAAAGUGUCAAUAAAAUUACAUUAUCCAGUAACGAUGAUAAACGUAUAAUUUUGAAAGACAAAAUAGCAACAAAAGCCUGGGGGCACUCAUAUACCUAUAAAAUGUAAACAAUAGUGAAUACGUCUUAUCUUGGAAUUAUUAUAUCAAUGAUCCUUUCUUUAAUGUAUUAAUAAAUUAUAGAGUGGUUCUGUAUAAAACCAAUUUUAGUUAAGUUAAUAAUUGUAUUAGUGUUAAUUAGCGUAAUGUUAUUUAGGUGUAGUUUAUAGAAAUAAAUAAAGAUUUUUAUUAUUGUAAUAAAUGUGUCUAUUCAUUAUAUAUUUUUUGUUUUAUUUUUUACCAUAUAGAAAGCCCUUAUUACUAAAAAAAGUGGAUGUGACGAACCAUUUAGCUACAGAACCCUAAAAAUGAUGUGUAAUACGAAACGGUAUGGCGUCACGUUAGCCACAGUACCGAGCAAAAAUGCAUGGUAUACAUUUUUAGGUGUUGCAAUGGUAGCUGUAGUACUGCUCGUUGAUUAUUAAAUUAUUCUCAUUUGUCUGCUAGAUCGUACACGAUCAAUAUCAACAAUUUUGUUAUUUAAUAAAUAUUAUUCAGUGUAGAUACUCGUACUACGUGUUACAUCACAUUUUAAACAUGACUUCGAUAGCGGGAUCAGAUGUUAUGUUCAGUCAAUACGCACAGGAUCCGUAUGAAGAAUUUAAUGAGAUGAUCCGAUGCGAACGCGCUCCGUUGCGAACGCGCCUGGGUUGCAGCCAGGCUCCGAAAGAAAAGAAGAAUACGUCUCGACGCAAGGACAAAUCUAAACACCAUAAUUCGACUCAAUCUUUCGUCAUGAGUAGACAUCAUCGGCGAGGCAGUAAACUGAUAAAAAUCUCAGUGAUCGAGUUGUGCAAUGAUUCUCCGGACAGUGAUAGUGACAGUAAUAGUGAUAACGUUAUUAUCCAAGCGCAAUACGUAGUUAAAGACGCGGUUGACUUUAUUAUGGACGAAACGGAGUCGUUAGUUAAGAAAAUAUCGAAAUCAUUAAUUGAUAGUGACUUUUAAAAACCCUGUGUAAAUAUACAAUUUUUUUUUUGUUUAUUGUAAUAAUUUAAUUGGAAUAAAUAUUCGGUUAAGUUAGUUUUAAUCUUAAGAACUUAGUAUUUUUAUGUUAAAGUAGUAUUUUCAUGUUAAUGGUAUUCGUAUUAUAUAAAUUUUACAG